AUGGGACAGAAUGAGAGCACCGAGAAAAAGAGCGAAGAAACCGAGGGACAGAAUGAGAACACCAAUAAGAGUGAGGAAACGACGGGGCAGAACGAGAGUGGUGAGAAUAAGAGUGAGGAAACGACAGGGAAGAAUGAGAGCACCGAUAAUAAGAGUGUGGAAACCACGGGACAGAAUGAGAGCACCGAAAAAAAGAGCGAAGAAACCGGGGACAGAAUGAGAACACCAAUAAGAAAUGAGAGCAGUGAGAAUAAGAGUGAGGAAACCACGGGACAGAAUGAGAGCACCGAGAAAAAGAGCGAAGAAACGACAGGGCAGAAUGAGAGCACCGAGAACAAGACUGAGGAAACUACAGGCCAGAAUGAGAGCACUGAGAAAAAGAGUGAAGAAGCCGAGGGACAGAAUGAGAACACCAAUAAGAGUGAGGAAACAACGGGGCAGAAUGAGAGCAGUGAGAACAAGACUGAGGAAACGACAGGACAGAAUGAGAGCACCGAGAAUAAGACUGAGGAAUCAACCGGGCAGAAUGAGAGCACCGAGAACAAGACUGAGGAAACGACAGGGCAGAAUGAGAGCACCGAGAGCAAGACUGAGGAAACAACAGGGAAGAAUGAGAGCACCGAGAACAAGACGAAGGAAACGACAGGCCAGAAUGAGAGCACCGAAAACAAGACUGAGGAAACGUCAGGCCAGAAUGAGAGCACCCAGAACAAGGCUGAGGAAACGACGGGGCAGAAUGAGAGCACAGAGAAGAAAGCUGAGGAAACAAGCGGUGAUAAUGAGAAGAAAGAGAACCAGUGA